GAUCAAUCAGUAUAUAGACUGCGAAUACGCCGUCCCUUCUAGCAUACAAAGCCUAAAAUGCUCUCUAAAAUCAUCCUAAUUAACAAAAUCCUCCUCCUUGCCUUCCACCACCUUUUCUCCCGUCUCCGCCUCAAGAUAACCUCCGUCAUCCACCGCAUCACCUACCGUCCCGUCAGCAACCCCCGCGACAUUGUCGUUAUCGGCGCUUCUUUCGCCGGCUACCACACAGCCUAUUGUCUAGCGCACUCCCUACCCACCGGCUACCGCGUGACGGUGAUUGAAAAGAACUCGCAUUUUCAGCUUACGUGGGUCUUACCCCGAUUUUGUGCGGUGAAGGGACACGAGUCCAAGGCGUUUAUACCAUAUGGGCCUUAUCUAGCUAAAGCGCCGGGUUCGGCGUAUAGGUGGGUGUGUGAUGAGGUGACUGCCAUCGUCCCUGACGAAAAGAGGAACGGACAAGGGAAAGUCGAGCUACGGUCAGGAGAAGAGAUUGACUACGAGUAUUUGGUGUUGGCGACGGGGUCGUCGGCUACGUUGCCGUCUCGUGUUGGAGAGGAGAGUAAGGAAGAUGGGAUAUUGGCGGUACAACAAGAACAACGGUGUUUGCGCGAAGGGCGCGAUGUUGUUGUUAUCGGGGGUGGACCGGCUGGGAUUGAACUGGCUGCCGACGUGAAGACUGAAGAUCAGGAAAAGAAUGUCACCCUGAUCCAUUCGCACGGGGCGCUGUUGAAUGGACACUUUGGGGCAGACAUGCGUCAGCGCGUAUUGGACGAGUUAGAGACGCUGAGCGUUCGAGUCAUCCUGGGUGAGCGGCCGUCUGCACCGGACGGGACAACAGAAUUGACGCUGAGCACGGGCGAGAAGAUAUCGUGCGACUGCUUGGUCAAAUGCAUCGGUCAAAAACCCAAUUCGAAGCUUUUAUCAUCCUCGGUCUCUUCCUCAGGCCACAUCCAAGUCCGAUCAACGCUGCAACUAGUCGAUUCAUCCAUGGAUAAUGUUUACGCAGCAGGCGACAUUGUCGACAAGGACAUCAUCAAGAAUGGCCGGGCGGCUAUCGAACAAGCACAAAUUGUAGCAUUGAACAUCGUCCGGCAGAUCCAGAGGAAGCAGCUGGUUGCAUAUCAGUCAAAGUGGUGGGAGGGCGUCACCAAGUUGACUAUGGGACUCAGGAAGAACUUGGUGUAUAUGAAUGAUGGCAAGGCGGAUAUGGUAUUUUCGAUGAAAAACAAGCGAGAGGAAUUGGACAGCGCAAUGGUUUGGCGUUAUUUUGGUGCGAAGCCAUACGAGGACCCUGAAUAAGCAGAAUUG